AUGCCGAUCCUCGAAAACCAUCUCGGGGGCAACUUUAACCUCGAUUCCUCUGGAAUAGCCGGCUUCUUUGGUGGGGAGGAGGCCUUUGCGGCCAUGUCCAGUGUGCAUCUUGUCCGCGCACGGCGAUGGCUAGGUUGGUACAACUCCCCUGGUUCAUACUUCGUGGCGAAGAAGUACGGCGUGCUGCCCAACUCGCUGUUUUGGGACAGCGUAUUCCCCGGCCCAUCUGUAGAUCCAACGGAGCUACUAGAGCUGGACUAUAAACCCGGAUUUAGGUUCUCUGGAGCGUACAAUGGGACACAGUUUACGUCGACGGGUCAUCUUUCGUAUUUGCUGUCAAGAUUCUGCACUGCACUCCCGGGUGCACCAGCGCUAUGGGAUUCUAUGGUUGUUGGAGAUAAAAAAACGGCAUCGACUCGCCCACACGAUGCUAUCAAUCAGUACACACGUGUUCGCAAUAUCACUGUCACAGUGGUCAAGUUCGAUGAGCGACAAUUCACCAAAUGGGAGCGAUACCCCAAAGUCCCGGAACGAUUCUUCACCCCGAUCAACAGACUAGGCACCCUCUUCGUUGUACUCACGAUUCUUUUCUCCCUUGCAGCAAGUGUCCUCUCGGCCUUGUAUGACGACUGGUUCUCGUUUGCUAUGAUUCUAUUUGGUUCUCUUUCAAACGGUAUCACCUCCUGGGUACUGGGAACAGGCGACCUCGUUCUUGAGCUCUCCGAGCCAUCUCCUGGUGCAACUCCCGGUGAUGGAAUCCUCUUCGACAGACAGAAUAUUAUCAUCUUGCAAGGUUCCGAACACGUCAUCGAUUCACUUCUUCAAGGUCGCUUUCGGCUGCGCUACCCAUCCGACCCCUCGCACCGCUGGAUCGGACUCUGUUCCCUCAGCCUUCUGGCCCAAUUUCUCCUGCAGCUCUUCCUCAUCCCCCAGGGCACACUGACAGGCCAGGUCUUCUUCAUUGCGUCGCUUGCCAUGUCUUGGAUGUGCAACAGCUACCUCGCGAGUUUCAACAGAGAAAAGAUGCAGACAGACCUUCUGUUCAAGCUUGUCGGUGCACCGCGGAUACACAAGUUUGACGUCGCGAAAUGGAGCGUCGCGGCAGCGUUUGCGAUGUUCUACUUCAACCCUGGGCUAAAAGCACCAGAGGGCAUUCUCGACGAGCUUAUGCCGAACAACACACCUGCGUGGAAUGUAUGGAAGCACUGUAUCUGCGCUGCGAUUAUGCAUGGGCGGAAGCCGAGCGAUUUUAUCUUUCCUGAUGAGCAGACUGCCGAACAUCUCGAUACUUUGGAGAAGGAUGAGCUGAAGAACUUGAACGAUCAGGGUGAGAAGUAUACACACGCAAAGAUCAUGAAGGCGUUUGAGGAUCUGGCUCUCGAAAACGAUAGGAAUUUUUUGAGGGAGUUUCUGCGCAAGGCGGAUGCGGCCUUUGAGAGUGUGUCUACGUUCGACGAGAAGGUGGAGUUUGUGCAUGCUGGUGCCCAGGGUGGGGAUCCCCUUCUCUUACGUCAAGAUGUACAGGGGCGAUCAGGCUCCUUAUUGUUAAUGCAAAAGUCACCGAUACUCCCCCAGUAG